UUGGUAAUACCAAUUGACGAUCAACUCAUGAGUGUGCGUUGUAGCUUCAUUCGUUCGGCGACAAUGGCGGCAGAUCUUGGUCAGUUUCAACAGCUUUUAAACACACUCCUUAGCACGGAUAAUGAUGCCAGGACACAAGCAGAGGAGGCAUACAACAAUCUCCCAGUGGAUAGCAAGGUGACAUUUCUUUUAACAUCCUUGUGCAAUGCAGCUCUUACAGAAGAAAUGCGUGCUAUGUCUGCUGUCUUGUUACGUCGUCUCUUUUCUUCCGAGUUUAUGGAUUUCUACCCUAAAAUUCCACCAGAAGCACAAGCUCAAUUAAAAGAACAAAUUUUACUAUCUGUUCAAAAUGAACAGACAGAGACUAUUCGACGUAAAGUUUGUGAAGUUGCAGCUGAAGUUGCACGAAAUUUAAUUGAUGAAGAUGGUAAUAAUCAGUGGCCAGAAUUUCUGCAGUUCCUAUUUCAGUGUGCAAAUAGUCCUGUACCGGCAUUGAAAGAAAAUGCUCUUCGAAUGUUCACAUCCGUCCCAGGUGUAUUUGGAAAUCAGCAACAAAAUUAUCUUGAUCUUAUUAAACAAAUGUUACAACAGUCUGUUAUGGAUUCUGCAAAUUAUGAGGUCAGAUUUCAAGCAGUAAGAGCAAUCGGAGCCUUUAUCAUUUUGCAUGAUAAGGAAGAAAAUAUACAAAAACAUUUCUCGGAGCUACUACCAGCAAUUAUACAAGUAAUUGCUCAAUCAGUAGAAAAACAAGGAGAUGAUGCUCUUUUAAAAGUUUUAAUCGAUUUAGCAGAAUCUACACCGAAAUUUUUGAGAUUACAAUUAGAAACUAUAAUGGAAAUGUGUAUGAAAAUAUUUUCAAAUGAAGAUAUGGCUGAUUCGUGGAGACAAUUAGCAUUAGAAGUUCUAGUUACACUGGCAGAAACUGCUCCUGCAAUGGUACGUAAAGUUGGUGGAAAGUAUAUUGCAUCUCUAGUACCAUUGGUGCUAAAAAUGAUGACAGAUAUAGAAGAGGAUGAAAAAUGGAGCUUUUCCGAUGAAAUUGUUGACGACGAUAAUGACAGUAAUAAUGUCGUUGCUGAAAGUGCUUUAGACAGAUUAGCAUGUGGUUUAGGUGGUAAAACUAUGUUACCACAAAUUGUACAGAAUAUUGCAUCAAUGUUAAAUAACAGUGAUUGGAAAUACAGGCAUGCUGCUCUCAUGGCAAUAUCAGCUGUUGGUGAAGGUUGCCAUAAACAAAUGGAAGCGAUAUUACCUCAAAUCAUGGAUGGAGUUAUACAAUUUUUACAAGAUCCUCAUCCUCGUGUAAGAUACGCAGCUUGUAACGCAGUAGGUCAAAUGUCAACUGAUUUUGCACCCAUAUUUGAAAAAAAAUUCCAUGAUAAAGUCAUUCCUGGAUUAUUAAUGGUUUUGGAUGAUAACGCAAAUCCAAGAGUACAGGCUCAUGCCGGUGCAGCUCUUGUAAACUUUAGUGAAGAUUGUCCAAAAAAUAUAUUAACACCAUAUUUAGAUGCUAUUAUGGCUAAAUUGGAGUCAAUUCUUACUGCUAAAUUUCAAGAACUGGUUGAAAAAGGCACCAAACUUGUCCUUGAACAAGUAGUUACAACUAUUGCAUCUGUUGCUGAUACAUGUGAAGAACAGUUUGUAACAUACUACGAUAGGUUAAUGCCAUGUCUAAAAUACAUUAUUCAAAAUGCUAAUCAACAAGAACAUAAAAUGUUACGUGGUAAAACCAUUGAAUGCGUAAGUCUUAUAGGACUUGCAGUAGGACCUGAAAAGUUUAUUGCAGACGCAAGUGAAGUUAUGGAUAUGUUACUAAAAACUCAUUCAGAAGGAGAUCUUCCAGAUGAUGAUCCACAAACUAGUUACUUAAUAUCUGCGUGGGCACGAAUUUGUAAAAUUCUUGGUAAACAAUUUGAACAAUAUUUACCAUUGGUAAUGGGUCCAGUCUUACGUACAGCAGCUAUGAAACCUGAAGUGGCUGUACUAGAUAAUGAAGACAUGGAAGGUAUAGAAGAUGUUGAUUGGGAAUUUAUCUCCCUUGGUGAACAACAAAACUUCGGAAUUAAAACUGCUGGCUUAGAAGACAAAGCUUCCGCCUGUGAAAUGCUAGUUUGCUAUGCACGUGAAUUGAAAGAAGGUUUUGCGGAUUAUGCAGAAGAAGUAGUACGGCUAAUGGUUCCUAUGUUGAAAUUUUAUUUUCAUGAUGGCGUUCGAACAGCAGCUGCUGCAAGUUUACCAUAUCUUCUUGAUUGUGCAAAAAUAAAAGGUCCACAGUAUCUUGAAGGAAUGUGGGCAUAUAUUUGUCCUGACCUCUUAAAAGCAAUUGAUACGGAACCUGAAUCUGAAGUUUUGCUAGAGUUAUUAUAUUCAUUAGCUAAAUGUGUUGAAACUCUUGGUGCCGGUUGUUUGGGAGCACAACCUAUGGCUGAAUUAUUACGUAUAUUAGAUAAAUUACUUAAUAAACAUUUUGAAAGAGCAGUGGCUAGAUUAGAAAAACGUAAAGAUGAAGAUUAUGAUGAGGUUGUUGAAGAGCAACUUGCUGAUGAAGAUAAUGAAGAUGUAUAUACCCUAAGCAAAAUAGCAGAUAUUUUACAUGCUUUGUUUACUACUCAUAAAUCUUCAUUCUUCCCUUAUUUCGAUCAAAUCUGUGGUCAUUUUGUUAAACUAUUAAGUCCUGAAAGAUCUUGGUCAGAUCAUCAAUGGGCUUUAUGUGUUUUUGAUGAUGUAAUAGAAUUCGGUGGUCCUGAAUGUGCAAAAUAUCAAGAAUACUUUUUACGACCGAUGAUACAAUACGUAUCAGAUAAAUCAGCAGAAGUAAGACAAGCAGCAGCUUAUGGUUGUGGCGUUUUAGGACAGUAUGGAGGAGAAGCGUUUGCACAGGCAUGCGCAGAAGCUUUGCCUAGGUUAAUGGAUGUUAUAAAUGAUCCAGAAUCUAGAUCACCUGAAAAUGUCAAUCCUACUGAAAAUGCUAUAUCUGCUGUUACGAAAAUUCUUAAAUACAAUAAUAAAGCAAUCAAUGUUGAUGAAAUACUUCCACAUUGGCUCUCUUGGCUACCGGUAGUAGAAGAUGAAGAUGAAGCACCUUAUGUUUAUGGAUAUUUAUGUGAUUUAAUUGAAGCAAAUCAUGUCGCAGUUUUAGGACCAAAUAAUGCAAACUUACCUCGUUUAAUAAGUUUCUUUGCAGAGGCAUUUUAUAAAGAUGCUGUGCCGACAGAUAAUCCUGUUAUGGGUAGAAUUCUUAGUAUUGUUAGACAAAUACAGAACAACGAAUCUAUGUUCCAAGCAUGCAUAAAUGCAUUAACAGCAGAUCAGCAACAAGCAUUGCAUGAGGCACUUCGUGCACAGCCUACUAAUUAGCCAUUUGCUUUUAUCCUCGAACUUUAAUAUUUGGAUAUAAAAACAAAAACACACACACAGACAUUUGCUUUGUGGAAAAUUCACAGAUUUUAGGUAGCUACAUUAUACCUAUGGAAAUUGCGCUAGCCUAAUUAUGAAGAGAAAUAAUUAUAUGUAACUAUUUGAUAUAAUUCGUAUAUUUGUUGGUUGUAUUUCACUAGCAAAUACAAUAGUCGUCCCAUUUUUUACUAUUUGGAAUUGUUGCAAAUUACAUACGGCAAAAUUUGUUUGUCAUUACUUGAUAAAGUGUGAUAUGUUACAUAUAAAUCUAGCAACAUAAAAUUCAUUAAAUCAUACAAGUGAAUUCGCAAUGACAAAAUUUUAAAAAUUCAUUGUUUUUAUCUACUUUAUAGAUAAUACAUAAUCAAAUAAUAAAUUUGUUCUUAAUGUAGUAAAAAGAUUAAACAAGACUAUAUUUCCCGCCAUUCGAGCCGAACGAUGCUAUGUAUCUUUUUUCAUUCUUAUUCUUUCUUUCUUAAUGCUUUGUAAAUUGCAUAGUAUUUUUAAACAGUAAUUGCAAUUUUAUUCUUUAAAUAUUAAAAAUAUACUGUUGUCAUUGCGAUCAUUUCGUUCCAAUUAUCUGCGUUUUAAAACUUGUUCUUUUUUGGCAGAGUAAUGAAACUGCGAAAAAUAGACUGGAAAAACACCAACUCAUUACCAUCGAGUGAUGGUAUAAUAUAUUGUGAUUUAGGUAUUUUUAUUAUUAAAUUUAGGUACAGUAAAUGUUAUUUAAUAAUAAUAUCGAUAAUAUUACAACGUUGAAGUUAGACGGAACUGCAUAAGAAUGCCUUUUAAAUGAAACGUAAUGAACUGCUCUAAAACUUUUUGUUGUAAUACAUUAUUUACUAAAUCCUUAUUCAACUAACAAUAUUAAAAUGAAAAGUAUACAUUUUCAGUUUGAUGUAAAAUAUGCGCGAUCUUGUAAUUUUGCAGUUUAUUAUCCCAUCAUUUAGAAAUAAAAUAAUGACACAGAAAUUAAGUCAUGUUACUAAAAUAAGUUGAAUGGAUGCUGGGCAUUACGUUUCUUCCAGUUAUUGUGUAAUGACAAUGUGUAUUAAGAACAGUGAUGUAAAAAAAUGACUGAGUGGAGUAACAUUACAACUUCCUGUUCUUGUUGCUAUUUAUUUGUAUACAAUAAUUGUCACGAUAUUUACUAUUGCAUGCAAAUUUGCAAUGGAAAAUAUAUCGCAAGUAAAAUCUACGUCUAAUUGCAACAGAAUUCCUCCAAAAUUUUUUUUAUUACGACAUAUAGGGGAAUAGAACUAAUGGUCAUUUAUUUGUAUAUAUAUCAAAGUAUAUAAAUAUUAAAACUAAGUACGUAAAGUUGAA